AUGGCCCAGCAUACUGCCGACAAAAAAGAGCACAUGGAAGCCGGUGGAAAGGGUCAAGGUCCCCGUUCCGAGCAAGAUUCCGAGUCCAAUGCGGAGCACGUAACGCAUCGAAAAAACAAGUCAAAAUCCGGGGGUUCGCCCCCUAUGAAACCGAGCCAAAUUAUGGAAGAGCACCCGGAGCACAAUCCCGCCGAUUUGGGGGACUCGGAGGUUGUCCAUUCGUCAACGAAGAUCGAACCCGCCCAGAAUCCUCGAACCCGCGACGGUAAAGUCAAGCAGAUGGAGAGCCAUAUUGUUGCCUUAGCCAGAGGAAUUACCGAGUUGGACAAUGAUCGCAAACGACUGCAGGCGCAAGUUCGCUCGGCCAGGAGCGGCUCCUGGGUCACCAAAAGCAGCCGGCAAAUACGUGAAGAACUGUCGAGUCUUGAGGCUGCAAUGCGACAAUGGGCAGAAAAUUAUAGUGUCGCUGAGAUACGUGCGCUCGAUAGCUUGUCGAUCGAGGAGAAGGACGCCAUUCUGGAACGGCUGGAUGGAUAUUGCGCGCAGGUGGAUUGGACGACACUAAUUGAGAAGUCGCCAACGAUGGCAGACAAAAUCCCUGCCCUCCUCAUGCAGGCUCUGCUGGCCAAGGAUAUCUUUGGAUCAAUCUUUGCUAACCCCUUCUUUGCCUUCGGAGAGUCUAAAGAACCGUCAACGGCGCACUCUUCUCAAACAUUAUCUUAUUUAUACGCAUCGAUGUUAGAAGUCAACAAAGAAGAAGCUCAUAUCUGGCGUUCGCAAACUCUCCGGCUUCUGGCCACACCUCCCCCGAACUCUGUGCACAAUGCACCGUUGCGCGCGAAGGUGGAAGCUAUUACUAGUGAGCUGGCGAUUGAAUUCCUAGCUGGUCCUGUUCGGUUACUCUUCCGACACAGAAAUGAUUCAUGGGCAAUCCAGCGCAACCAAGAACUCUACCAGCUUUAUCACACCGCUGGCGAAUUGGCCAUCUCCUUGUGGACGCAACGAUCCUUCAUGAGGUGUUACUGUAUGGAUGAGCUUCCUGUCUUUCGAGCAGAGCAUCCGGUAAUGAGUGCACAUGCACUUCAUCGUCAACAUGGGAAUGACGCAAAAUUAGAUGGCAAGAAUGCUUUGAUCAUAGUGCAUCCGGCCAUUGUUGCUUUCGGCAAUGAAUAUGCUGAGCAUUAUGACCUAUGCAAGGUUUGGGCUAAGGGUAUUAUCAUUGUGGAUGAACACGCGUGA